UAAGCAUAAAAUUAAAUUUGACAACAGUGUAUCCUUGUCAUUCUCUAUACAGAAUGAAAAGGAGACACGGGUAUUAAACCUUUCAGAAUCAACACCAUUGGUAUGUCAAUUCUGUCAGGCGCAAAUUGUUAUGAAAAUAACAUUAGCAUAUACCUACUUAAAAUUUAUUUUAUUCCGCAAAUUUAAUUAAUAACAUUCGUUUUCCUAGAAUUUAAUUAAUAUCUAUUACAUGUAUAUGUUGUUCUUAACAUGGUGAAGUGAUAAGCCAGACAAAACACAAGAUUCUUAGAAGUGAUGAGUGCAAACCUUGUCUUUUGUUUUCUUUGGAAAAUUUGUGUUUUUCGUUGAAUGGAGAUGGAGGAAGUAAGACAAUUGGUGCAAGAGGAAGGAAGGGAGGCCAGGAAUCUUAUAGCAUUUCACGUGGCGGUCGACACACCAGCGCGAAUAUCCCGCAAGCCGCCGCGCUGCCUCGGCGGGCCGGUGAUACGCAGGGCUCCGCCACGCGCGGCGCGCCGCUCCGCCUCCGCCGGCCGCGACAAACGGUCCGAGCUGCGAGCGAGAUAUUGGGCUCUUCUGUUCGGCGACCUACAGAGAGCAAUUGGUGAAAUCUAUAAUACUGUGGAAGCUCACGAGAAUCUAAAUGAGUGCCAAGAAGUUAUACUAGUCUUAGAAAAUUAUACCCGUGAUUUUAAAGCUUUGGGAGAAUGGUUCAGGCUUAAAUGGGAAUAUGACAAUACACCGCCACCGCAGCGGCCGCAAAGCCUAGCUUGGGAGAUAAGGAAAACGGACUUUGUCCGACCAGAAUCUAGGCGCGCUCAUUCUGUGAAGAGUUCCCCUUCAGUUUCCGGAAAAAACAGCCCUUGUUUCUCUGGCCAUAACACGCCAAGCGGAAAAAACAGCCCCAAUCUAACUGGAAAAGCUAGCCCAGGUAGUGGUAAAAUUAGUCCGAGAGUGUCUUCCAGCCAUUCCAGCACUAGUCCAAAAGCCAAUAUUGAAUUCUUUAGUAGUAAAAUAUCAGCUUCUAAAGUAACAGCUAAGCCUGAGCCUAAAUUGGCUAAAGAGACGUCUAGGCUAUCAGAUAUAACUGAGAAAGAAAUCAAAGAAUGUUGUGAAGAAAUUGUUGACAAUCAACAGCCUAAAAAUGAUGUCAACGAAGAUGCUAAGGUGGCAUCUGAGAUAGAAAUAGGUACAGCUAAAGAAUGUCCUCAAGCUAGCCCCCAACAAGUUGUUAUUAAAUCUACAAAACAUUCGAAAAAGGAUGCAGAAAAUACUGUGAAUGGCCCAGAUACUGUAAGCAAUAGCGUCAGUCACGCUCAAGAUAUAACAGCAAAAUUAGAUGCAAUGGAAAGUGAUUUUAUAAAUAAGCAGUUAUCACAGAAUAUAAUUAAAAAUGAAAACAUGUUAAACCACGAUAAAGACAUUGAAAGAGCAAUUGAAAAAAAUAAUGUUGAUAUUUCUAAUAGCUUAGAAACUUCCGAAACUAAGGCCGAAAAAGGACAAGAGAAAUCCGCAGAAACAGGUGAUAAAGAGAGUAAUACUUCUGAAUCUCCCACUAAAUCAGAAGAUAAUUUUGCUGAUAUUUCUAACGAGAGCUCUAAAUUUACAGAAGGAAAAAUAUCUGAUGUGAAACAUUAUUUAAGUGACCAAAUUGAAGUACCAAAAAGUAAGCCGAUACAAACAUCAAAAGAAUCCAUAAAAAAUAUUUCCCAAGAAUCUAAAGAACAGUCUAGUAACGAUGGUAAUACAAAUAAAAAUAAUUUCUCAAAAGAUUUGAAACACGCAGAAAGUAAUGAUGAUAAAGAUGACUCUAAAAAAGACAUCGACAUCAAAAAAGAUAAUUGUGUUAUUAAAGAUAAAGCGAAUCCAGAGGCCAAACCUAAUGUUAGACCUGCAUACUCUCAGGCAGCUGCCAAACCAAAACCAGCUACUCCAGCGAAAAGUGAAGUUAGAACUCCGACUAAAACCACUUUGAUUAGAAGUAAAACUGUCGUUGAAAUCAGACCGUCUAGUGCUCCGAAACAGCAAAGACAAUUUCCGAAGAAAAAUCUAGUUAACAAAUGCAGCUAUCCAUUUAAUCUCACUACGGGUAGAACUAGUCUAUUUGAUUCUUCUACAACGCAAAAUAAGAAUGUUCAAGUAAAGAAGACCAUAAAUAAAAAUAUUCAAAUGGCAGCUGGUGAUUGUAAAUCUAGUCAGACUAAACUCGAUACAAAAAAACAUCCGCCAAGACCUACAACUUUAAAAGUAAACGACAAAGUAAGCAGCAAAGACAAACUAAAACCGUCCCUAGAAAAUAUAAAAGACUGUGAAGAGUAUAGUAGUACAGACACGAUAGUCACACAGAUAGACAUGUCUCGAAUCGAAUCAAGUGAAAGUUUGAAAACGUUAGUGCCAGACGAUUUACAGAUGAUGCAAGAUGUUGCUAAUUCCAUAGAAGUACUAAACGUAGAUAAUAAUAAAAGUGAUAACGAAGGCUGGUUGACUGUGAAGUCAAGACGGUUAAGUAGGGAAUCAAAGAAACAAUCCAAGUCCCAUUGGUCUCAAAGAUUCCACCAGCCUUCGGCCACGACAAGUCUGCCAACAUUAAAUAUGUUAGAAUCUCCUAAACAGGAAUCAAAGCCAAUCGUAGAUUCUCCUAAACAUGCCAAAUCAGAUAGAGCUAAGUCUGAGCAGCCACAAGUUACUGCUGUGCCUGUGAAAACUGAUACUCUCGAUGCAUUCAAAGAAGUAAAUAACGCUGAACAACUCGACGAACCAGUCAAACUGAUCAAGAGCGAAAAACCAGAGAAAACAGUUAAAGUUUCUGGAAGUAUUGCUCUCAAAGCUAAAACUAAAGACCCGUCUAUGAUACGACAGAAAUCGGAUGUGACAGGUUUAAAAACGAGAUCUUCUCGCACUAAAGCUUUGAAGAAAUCUGAAAAGCAGAAAGGCGGGAAGCUCGCAAACGAAGACUCGUCUGAUUUGACAAAAAACAGACUGCAUUCUUCUUUAGAAAGCUUGACUACGGGAUUAGCUAGAUCACAAGAAAGCACCGAAGAUGCUUUCGAUUUCGACAAAUGGAAAGCGGAGUUUAAAUCUACCUUCAAGUAUUUGGAUGAUGAUGAUCAAAUCAUUCUGAAUCACGACGAGAUAUUGGAGUCUGCCGAUCCUUCCGAGAGAUCAGAGAUAGCUGAGAUGACAUCUCAAAUAGAAGAAAACGAGAAGAAGCUAGGCUGGGCUCUCGAUUUCCAAUCUGAAGUGGAUCAGAGGAAGUUGUCUGAAGAAGAAGAUUUAUUGAACAGACAAAUCAUGGAGUUGCAGCAAGUGUCGGAUGUGGAAUUGGAUACUGAAACUGACGACACUGAGACCGACGCAGAGAUAUUGUGCGAGGACCCCGUCCGCGUGGACGUUUGUACGGGCACUCUAGUCGCCAGUCUCGAGGAUCGGUACGAGACAGCCCUCGCCGGAAUGUCUUGGGCCGAACGCGUCGAUACUUUGGGGGUAUUGGAGGCUCUCGUGGCUAGAGAUCCCGGUCGUGCUCAACAACUUCACGCAAAACUAUCGCAAGGCAUAAAGCGUAGAGGCAGCUUACAAGACGCUCUAAGAAGAUUACAAGCGAAGCAAGCGCGGGCUGAGAGACAACGGACUGAAUACCAGACCGAGAGGGCCAGAAAGAUCCAUCAACUGCUGGCCAGGGUCGAGGAAGUUAAGAUCGCCAAAAACCAACUAAUCGAAGAGAAAAGGCUAAGGAUGGAGAAAAGGCUGCAAAAAGCGGCCGAGAAUCGAGAUCAACAUUUGAAGGACAUAGUCCGCAAAGCCCAUGACGAAGAAGAGAAGCUCCGAGAAAUAGCGUUCAUUAAACAACUUGAGGCCGAGAAUCGAAGGCACGACUUUCUGGACCAAUGCCGAUCUCACACCACUCGACUGCGGCAGAUGAGGCGUGAGAGGUUGACUAAAUUGGAACAAAAGGCAGCCCGGGAAGCGGCAGUAGGAGCCCGCAGGAUGGCUCUAGAAGCCGCUAGAAGAAGGAGAGUAGAAGCUCUUCUAGAACGACGAAGACUGAGAGAUGCCAGACGAGAUACUCUGGACCAAAUACGGAGGCAAGAAAGACAUGACGCUGCCAGGGAAAAGGCGGAAGGCGUGAAAUCCCGUCUAUCAGCUCUCGCUGCCGCGGCCGAAUUAGAAGCCGACGCAUUACGAUCCCGAAUCAGAGACAAACAAGACGCGAGCCAACAACGACUGGAGUCACAUCUGCAGGCCAUCAGGGAGAAGGCCACGGGGCCGAGGCAGGCGACUACAUCAGAAAGCCAAGACCAAGGCAGUAAAGAAGAGAGGGAGUUAGCUGAGCAAGCUGAAAGGUUAGAGCAGGAGAGAAGAGACAGAGAGAGACAGAAAGCGGUUAAGAAGAAAGCUAGGAAGCUGAAGCAGAAGCUUCUGGCCACAAGCAACGAAGUUUCAUUCGACGACGCCCCAAAUACACUCGAUUACUUAGCUUUCCCGCCUUCAAGCAAGUUAUAUAAAGUGCUAAACUCACUUUCGAAUAUCAUCACACCUCUUUUAGAGCCAGAAAGAGACGACAAACGACCUGAAGUACACCAAAAUGGGAUAGAAAUAGAUGAAAUCGAAAAAAAUAACAAGAAAAACAAAAAGAUGAAUAAAACUAAAUCAGUGAACGGUGAUUUGGAUGAAAACAGUGAUAAAAAGAGAAACAAAAAGAAGAAAGACAGUGACAGAUUACUCGAUAGCAUAGAGAACAACAAUAAUACACAACCGGACAUUAUCGAUGAUGACAAAGAACUUAAACCCGAUAAUAUUAAAAAGAAAAAGAAGAAUAAAUGUGAUAACAAGAACGGUGAUCGUCCAAAGUUGAGUAAAACUAAUUCUGUGUGUAGUUCGUUGAGUGACAUGAGUAAGUGUAGUGUUAAAAGUGAACGGAGAUCGAAGGUUGUGAUCGAUGUGCCAAUAUUGGAGAGACAGUUGAACGAGUUGUACAGGAUAAUGGAGAGGUUCGAUAAGAGUUCAGUGGAAACAGCAAUGUUCCAUAAGCUGCACGGGCUGAGGUUGUUGGGCCAACUGUUAGCAGUCGCCGCUGAGAGAGAAGAUAUCGCGCCACAAUUUAACGCCAAGCUACUAAUAACGGCGGUGACUACAUUAAUUCGCGUGGCUGCUGUCAGUCCUGCCCCACUUUUGGCAACGGAUGCUUGUGUUCAUCUCGUCAAAAUCUUAGCUGACAGAUUGGAUAAAGACUUGACCGACUCCAAGGAGUUGGAGUUGGCGAAGCAGCUGAGCGACUGCCUCUCCGUCGCCCUGGAUGCUGUGCUGUGCUCAUCCAGAAUGCAUGAAGAGAAGAAGCAGACGGGAGACGCGCUGGAUAUGCUGAUCUUCCUUAGAGCACGAGCUCACACCCUCAUCAGCUACAUAUGCCUGAGCGGUUGCAUCACGAAGGCGGAGAGUGCUGGCGAAGCGCGCGAGAGCAUUCAGACACUGCUCACGGUCUGCGCGGACAUGUGCCAGCCGAGCGACGCCGACGUGGGUCCCGAACGCCUAUCCGCCGUACAGUCCCUCCGUUGCGCGCUCGGCACAAGCGUUUGCGGUUCCCGCGCGGAGUUCUGCGGGUUGUUCGCUCGCGGCGCUUUGCUGCCUGACGGCGGAGGGCGUUUCGUGCGCGCCGCGAGGACGGCGCAUCUGCUCCGCGCUAUCGCCGAGGUGGACCACCAUAUCGUGCAGGAGGCAUUCGGCGAAGCGGGUUGGCCAUUAGAGUUCCGUGCGGCAGUAGCCCGUCUGCUAUCACAACACGCACCCAAUGAUAAAGAAGCACCAAGGACUAAUGCCUUACGUCUCAGUAACCAGCGGCUGGACCAGACCCUCUCGGAGACGAUGGUGCUGGACCUCAUAGUGCUGGUGGGCUUCGUGGUCGUCAACAACCCUCAGCUGCAGGAGACGAUACUAGACGGAUGGAGCGUAGUCAAGACCUUGUGUACUUUACCAGCCAAUUGGCUGGUGUCUCCUCAACACAGUCAAGCGUUACUGCCUACUCUGUUAGCGCUGUCGAGCAGUCAACAUGCAGCCGUUACUAUAUCAGCUGAACUUAGUAUGCAGAUGCUUGAAGAAUUCAUGGAGAGUCCUGAAGCUCAAAAGCUGAAGUUGGUGCAAGUCAUCAAGCAGGGGCGUGCCAAAAAGACCACCAAAAAGUGAGCGACACACACUUUUAACUAAAAAUGUUCUAUCUUACCACUGUCCCUUACUUAAGAAGGAUAUUGUCAAAAUUUGUAUACCACAGACCUAGAUCCAAGCAGACGUUACAUGUCCAAAAAAAAAAACAAACGCGUCAAGCUUUCAGUACUCAGGAGAACAUAUACAGUGAUAGAAAACCAUGAGCAUUGGCCAUCUGUUUCUCAAUUCAAUAUCAAAUCAGAAAUCAAUAUAUCUUAUAAUUUUUAUUAUUUUUAAAGCAUGUAACUGCUUGAUGUUUAAAUCUAAAGAAAAUAUAACUAGAAAAAAUUCCACGCGGACCAGGCAGCAGACGGGACUCGAACCCGCACCCUUCGCAAUCCGGGUGAAUCCACUGACCAAUUAUGCUACCGCGGCCCUCACGGACCGCGUCGAAAUUCUUUCCAGCUAUUCUUAAGCUGCAAGGCAGCGCCAUCUCUUCGCAUUAUAGGUAACCCACAAUGUCAAAUGAAUACUUUUACAAGUAUUAAACAUUUGAAAGAAGAAAUAGCAAUUAUAGUUUCAAUAUAUCUUUAUUCAAAUUGGAUGUAUAGUACAACACUUUAAAAUCGUCCAAAAAUUUUUUUCCGCACCCAGUCGUUAUGGAUAUAUUUUUUAGCUGCGGAGAAAAACGAGCGUAAAAAACUCCACAACAUUAAUAGUUUAAUAUAACAAAUCAUUAUGUUGUUACAACGUCAAUACAAUUAUGAUUUAUAUAAUAUAGAAAACCUGUUGGAACGACUGGAACAGUUGAAACCCAAGCAUUUUUGUCUGUAAUAAUCAAACACUUUGUAAUAAGCUUUUUUAUACAGCUUAACGUUUACACAAUGCACAAUUAUGUCCCGGCCAGGCUAAUUGCGACAACGGAAAUCUUCGAGUUAUCGCGAUAGGGGGAUUCCAAGAUAACGCUACGUGUCGCGAUGAUUUUUUCAAAUGUGGCCAGUGCGCGUCGUUGUAGAUCGAAGUCGGAAAUAGGGUAUUUUCCAAAUUUUUGAAAACUGCUUAUAUUUAAAGACUGCGGACAAACGAUUUAACAGAAAAAUUCUCCAUUAAACCACUCCGUUAUCACAGAUCGUCCACAGACUAACAUAGGAAUAUACAUAGGUGUUGAAAUUCUUUACUCAAAGUUGACGUCACACAGUAGACGUCAUUGAACCGAGCGUUUCGAAGGUAAAUUCAAAACCAUUAUAAAUAAAUUCAACUUUUAUUGGUCUAAUGGAGAAAAUAAGAUAUAAAUUAAUUUAUUUUUAUUUUCUGUUAAAUCGUUUGUCCCAAUCUUUAAAUAUAAGCAGUUUUCAAUAAAAUGGAAAGUACCCUAUUUAAUGCGCUAUCGGGACCCGAAUUUUCGCGCGCUUCUAUGGCCGUAGCAUUAUAAAUUUAAAGAAAUGCGAUGGUGAUGCGAAGAAAUAAAAUUUAUACCAGGAGCUUGGCUUUCCCUUAAGGCAUGUUUUUGGCACGACAUGGACAAGAACGACACUUGCGUUAUAACGACUAUUGCGAUCUACGUCUGUGUAACAUACCCAACAUUACAGAUUUAAAAAACAUCUCCAAUAUCAGCCAAAUUGUCAGCUGAUGGUAACAAGGCCCUAAUGAGAGGAUUUCUAGCUGUGGUUUUAAAAUGUUGAGGCUUUAACAAUUGUUGAUCACAUCCCAAUAUAAUAAUUGGCACAGAACACUGAGAGAGGUAAGAAGGCCUUGUGGGCGGGGCAGGCUCGCCACAGUUAGGUGUGAGCAAAUGCUCAUAACUUGACCAAAACUUGGUUCUGAUUGCGUCGCUGCUCUCGGGUGUGAGCGCUGAUUGGUUCGAUCGUUUGAUUGGCUAUUAUCUUUUAAGUGGAAGGCGGCGACAUCGGUUCCCGUACAAACGGUCUAUGAUCACCCUUAUAACCUCUUCCUAUUUUAUGUGAUAAUUGUUACUGUACUCGAUAGUAGUUACUCUAAUAGCGAUGUAUACCUCUAUAAGGUGUAGCACAAAAUUUGCACUGAAUAUACGUAAACUUAUCCGAAUUCUACGAUAAUUAUUAUCCUUAAACCAAUCAACAAUGUUAUAGAUUGGACUGUAACUUACGUCGUUUCGAUACUAGACGAAUUAGUUGUAGAACUUGUGUUAAACCCUUUGAUAUGAAAGUUGAAAUUGGACUCAAUUUACGCAUCACUCUAUCUUAAGAUUUGAUAUUUGCUAACUUUAAUUGAGUUUCAGUUUUUUAAAACAUUUUUCAAAUAUUAACUCCAAAUGUCAAAUCGAAUGGUUAUAGGAGUUAUAUUAGACUUUAAACCCCUAUUUAUCAAAAAAUCUCUUAAAACCGUAACUUAAGAAAUUAAUGGACGAAUUAAAUAAUAACUUUAUAUUCGUUUGUUAUGCAAGGAGCGUACGGUAUUCUACUUCAAAUUUUAAGUCUGAAAAUGAUGAGUUUUGCUUAUAAAUGACAGCUAUCAAUGAAUCUUGUCAAUAAAUUGAACAUCCCGUUAAUAUUAAGACAAAAUUAUCCGAGACAUUGCCAGAAUCGUCACGUAAUGAGGCGCAGCCAUAAUCACCAAAAAAUUAACUGAAGGCAAAAUUUUAAACCGGUUAAAAAAGGAAACUAAAUAUUUUGCUAUCGUCACUUUCAACAAUAUUAUCCUUGUCCAUUAUGAAAUUUAAUAUACCUAAAUAAAAUACUAAAUUUUCGAUUUCGUUGGCAUUAAAUUAAAUAUCUUCAAAAUCUCUGCAUCAUGCUUAAUUUACUGACAAGAACGAACUAAAUAUUUAUCAUUCCAUGAUUUAAUGUGGUAAUAAACAACCCGUAAUGUGGAUGAAUCUCCCACGUUUAUUAAAGAAACUGUUUCAAUAUAAUCAUCGAUUAACUAAACUAUUCAUUGUAGAUGAAAAAAUGUGUGUACUUUUUGAUGUGACUAUACCUAUUUUUCUAUGAGAUUAGAAUGUCUUAAAAAAUGUUGUAAAUCUCUAUUGCUACUUGGAAACAAUUUGUCUAAUUCAUUUAAGUAAGUAAUCAAUUUAGUAAUUUCACAAAAACACGAAACACUUAAAAAAAAAUGAUUAGUCUAAUGAAAGACGAAUACGUUUCCAAAUAGCAUUUUCUAUUCUCUAUUAUUUUGUAAAUUUAAUAUAUACUUAAAAUUUUCUUUAAGGUUGUAAAGAAUUCGUAUAACUCUAUAAUGUAGGAACUCGGGAAUGCCAUUAAAACAUAUUGAUUAAUUAUUUAAUUAGGAUUGUUAAACCGACUGACAAAUUGUCCAUUGUUUAUGGGAACGUAAGUAAAUAAUUGUAACUAAAUUCAAACUAAAAUAAUUUGUAAACAAUUAUUUAGAAAGAAAAGGUGUGCUAGAAGUGUGCCUUGUGGGACACUGUUUAAAUCCAGAUGGGAUCACGUGUAUAAUGUAAAUGUGAUUUUUGUAAUAAUUAGGAACGCUGUGAUAAAAGCAGGGCUAAAGAAAAAAUGGACGCAUGUGUUGGAUUGUAUUAAUGUAAGAAUUUAAGAAAAAGAAAAAUUAACUGAUUAAUGAUUGGUGAAUUACUUAAUCGAAAGCUUUACGUCAGUCAGUCAAAGAUUGAAGAUGGUUUUCAUUUUACCUAUUUAUAUUUUUUUAAUGAUUUUGUGAUAGAAAUUCAAUUAUUACUAAAACUGUGAUUCUAUAUAUUUUUUAUUGCUUAUUUAUUUUUCUCAGCAAAUGUAAUAUAUGAUUAAUUAAAUAUGUUUAGUUUUAAAACCCAGUACCGAGAUUGUUGUAUUAAAUGUCUGUGAUUUCUUUUCUCGUGUAACUUCAUUGUUUUAUUUCGUGUAAGUGAGAAAUAAAUAUUUGUGUAACAU